AUGACCGACAAGUUGUGGUCCUGUCUCAGAUCCUUUACCUCACUGAACCAUCUCACCAUCUCAGACUCCUCUCUCAGUUACUCUCCAUCUCCUCCAGAGCUUCCAUCCGUCACAUCAGCCGAGAGCGUGACGUCACAAAGCUAUGCAGGUCUGCUUUCAUCGCUUCCUGGCCUGAGACGUAUCGAUAUCACUAUCGAUGAUGCAGAGAGAGACAUACCUCAGAUCACGGCUUGUCUCCGUCGGACCGGAGGACAGCAGCUCACACACAUCGAGCUUACAGCACCAGACUCACUCCCACCAGAGAAGAAGUGUGUAUCAAGUGAGACGAUGACAGGACUGGGUCUUCUGAUAAGAGAACAAACCAAGAACCUACAAUGGCUCUGUCUGUCUAGAGUGAAGGGAACAGACAAAGAAGACUUGGUUGAACUCGUCGAGUCUUGCAAACAUGUGAAGACGAUAAAUCAUCUAAUGCUUCUCGGCUGUGGUACAAACGCACACGGUAGACUAAGAAGCCGCAUCACUGGUCUUAACAAGUCAGAGAAGUCACUCAGGGUGAUUGCCUUGCAUGAUAAUGGUCAACUCUUCGUUGAGAAAUGCCAGCUAUCUACCGAGAUGACCGAUAAGUUGUGGUCCUGUCUCAGAUCCUUCACCUCACUGAACCAUCUCACCAUCUCAGACUCCUCUCUCAGUUUCCCUCCAUCUCCUCCUGAGCUUCCAUCCGUCACAAAGCUAUUAUCUGAGACUGAAUAG